AGCUGGAGCAGCUGCUCCUGGACGGGCCGUGGCGCAACGAGAGCGCCCUGAGCGUGGAGACGCUGCUCGACGUGCUCGUGUGCCUCUACACCGAGUGCAGCCAGUCGGCGCUGCGCCGCGACAAGUAUGUGGCCGAGUUCCUCGAGUGGGCUAAGCCGUUUACACAGCUGGUGAAGGAAAUGCAGCUUCAUCGAGAGGACUUUGAAAUAAUCAAAGUAAUUGGAAGAGGUGCUUUUGGAGAGACUGCGUGUUUCCGUGAAGAGCGUGAUGUGCUGGUGAAUGGCGACUGCCAGUGGAUCACGGCGCUGCACUACGCGUUCCAGGAUGAGAACCACCUGUACUUGGUCAUGGAUUACUACGUGGGUGGUGAUUUGCUGACCCUGCUCAGUAAAUUUGAAGACAAGCUUCCAGAAGACAUGGCGAGGUUCUACAUUGGUGAGAUGGUGUUGGCCAUUGACUCCAUCCACCAGCUUCACUAUGUGCACAGAGACAUCAAACCGGACAACGUCCUUUUGGAUGUGAACGGUCACAUCCGCCUGGCUGACUUCGGCUCGUGUUUGAAGAUGAAUGAUGAUGGAACUGUCCAGUCCUCUGUGGCCGUGGGCACGCCUGACUACAUCUCGCCUGAAAUCCUGCAGGCCAUGGAGGAUGGCAUGGGCAAGUACGGGCCUGAGUGUGACUGGUGGUCCCUGGGCGUCUGCAUGUACGAGAUGCUCUAUGGGGAGACGCCCUUCUACGCCGAGUCGCUUGUGGAGACCUACGGGAAGAUCAUGAACCAUGAAGAACGAUUUCAGUUUCCAUCUCAUGUCACUGAUGUCUCUGAAGAAGCCAAAGACCUCAUUCAGAGGUUGAUCUGUAGCAGAGAGCGUCGGCUAGGGCAGAACGGAAUAGAAGACUUCAAAAAACACGCAUUUUUUGAAGGUCUGAAUUGGGAAAAUAUACGAAACCUUGAAGCACCUUACAUUCCAGAUGUGAGCAGUCCCUCUGACACAUCCAACUUUGACGUGGAUGAUGAUGUGCUGAGAAACACUGAAAUAUUACCUCCUGGCUCUCACACGGGCUUCUCUGGGUUGCAUUUGCCUUUCAUCGGUUUCACGUUUACGACAGAAAGCUGUUUUUCGGACCGAGGCUCUCUGAAGAGCAUGAUGCAGUCGAACACACUCACCAAAGACGAAGACGUGCAGCGGGAUUUGGAGAACAGCUUGCAGAUAGAGGCCUAUGAGAGGAGGAUCCGCAGGUUGGAGCAAGAGAAGCUGGAGCUGAGCCGCAAGCUGCAGGAGUCCACCCAGACUGUGCAGUCACUCCACGGCUCCGCGCGGACCCUGAGCAACUCAAACCGGGACAAGGAGAUCAAGAGGCUGAAUGAGGAAAUCGAGCGCUUGAAGAGCAAGGUUGCAGACUUGAAUAGGCUUGAGCGACAGCUGGAGGGCACCGUGACGUUGCGCCAGGAGCAUGAGGACUCCGUGCACCGGCUGAAGGGCCUGGAGAAGCAGUACCGCCUGGCUCGGCAGGAGAAGGAAGACUUCCACAAGCAAUUGGUUGAAGUUUCAGAGCGAUUGAAAUCCCAAACCAAAGAACUCAAAGAUGCCCAUCAGCAGCGGAAGCGGGCCUUGCAGGAGUUUUCUGAGCUCAACGAGCGCAUGGCAGAGCUUCGGUCCCAGAAGCAGAAGGUGUCAAGGCAGCUGCGGGACAAGGAGGAAGAGAUGGAGGUAGCCAUGCAGAAGAUCGACUCCAUGCGGCAAGACGUGCGCAAAUCCGAGAAGCUCAGGAAAGAGCUGGAAGCUCAGCUCGAAGAUGCUGUCGCUGAGGCCUCGAAGGAGCGCAAGCUGCGAGAGCACAGUGAGAGCUUCUGCAAGCAGAUGGAGAGUGAACUCGAGGCCCUGAAGAUGAAGCAAGGAGGCCGGGGGCCAGGAGCCACUUUGGAGCACCAGCAGGAGAUCUCCAAAAUCAAAUCAGAGCUGGAGAAGAAAGUCCUGUUCUAUGAGGAGGAGUUGGUCCGACGUGAGGCCUCCCAUGUCUUAGAAGUGAAAAAUGUCAAAAAGGAGGUGCACGACUCGGAAAGCCACCAGCUGGCCCUGCAGAAAGAAGUCUUAAUGUUGAAGGAUAAACUGGAGAAAUCAAAACGAGAGCGGCACAGCGAGAUGGAGGAGGCCAUCGGUACAAUAAAAGAUAAAUACGAGCGGGAGAGAGCCCUGCUGUUCGACGAAAACAAGAAACUGACUGCAGAAAAUGAAAAGCUUUGUUCCUUUGUGGAUAAACUCACUGCCCAGAACAGACAGCUGGAGGAUGAACUGCAGGAUCUGGCAGCCAAGAAGGAGUCGGUGGCACACUGGGAGGCUCAGAUUGCGGAGAUCAUCCAGUGGGUCAGUGACGAGAAGGAUGCCCGCGGUUACCUCCAAGCGCUUGCCUCCAAGAUGACUGAAGAGCUCGAGGCCUUGAGGAGCUCUAGCCUGGGCUCGAGAGCACUGGACCCGCUGUGGAAGGUACGCCGCAGCCAGAAGCUGGACAUGUCCGCGCGGCUAGAGCUGCAGUCCGCACUGGAGGCUGAGAUCCGAGCCAAGCAGCUGGUGCAGGAGGAGCUGAGGAAGGUCAAGGAUGCCAGCCUUACCUUUGAAAGUAAACUGAAGGAUUCUGAAGCCAAAAACAGAGAGUUAUUAGAAGAAAUGGAAGUUCUGAAGAAAAAGAUGGAAGAAAAGUUUAGAGCAGAGACUGGACUCAAACUUCCAGAUUUUCAGGACUCCAUCUUUGACUACUUCAACGCCACAUCUCUCACACAUGAUCUGACGUUUCGAGACUCCCUCUCCUCUUCGCCUGCGUCUUCUCUGCUAGCCUGUUGGGAGGAAACCAGCUCAUCUAGUGACCAAGAAAUGCAAGCUCCAAAGCCAGAAGUGUCCCCGUCGGUUUCUGUGGCCGCUAGCGCAGAACAGCAGGAGGACAUGGCUCGGCCCCUGCAUAGGCCACCCACCAUGCCGCUGCCCACCACGCAGGCCCUCGCCCUGGCCGGGCCCAAGCCGAAAGCUCACCAGUUCAGCAUCAAGUCCUUCUCCAGCCCCACCCAGUGCAGCCACUGCACCUCCCUGAUGGUUGGACUGAUCCGGCAGGGCUAUGCCUGCGAGGUGUGCUCGUUUGCCUGCCACGUGUCCUGCAAAGACAGCGCCCCCCAGGUGUGCCCCAUCCCCCCUGAGCAGUCCAAACGGCCCCUUGGUGUGGAUGUGCAGCGAGGCAUAGGAACGGCCUACAAAGGCUACGUCAAGGUCCCCAAGCCCACGGGGGUGAAGAAAGGGUGGCAGAGGGCCUACGCUGUGGUCUGUGACUGCAAACUCUUUCUGUAUGACCUGCCCGAGGGGAAAUCCACCCAGCCCGGUGUCAUCGCCAGCCAAGUCCUGGACCUCAGGGACGAAGAGUUCUCAGUGAGCUCAGUGCUGGCCUCCGAUGUCAUCCACGCCACACGCCGGGACAUCCCGUGUAUAUUCAGGGUGACAGCCUCUCUCUUAGGUUCACCUUCUAAGAACAGCUCCCUGCUCAUUCUGACAGAAAAUGAGAACGAAAAGCGAAAGUGGGUUGGGAUCUUAGAAGGGCUCCAGUCCAUCCUGCACAAGAACCGGCUGCGGAACCAGGUGGUGCACGUGCCGCAGGAGGCCUACGACAGCACGCUGCCGCUCAUCAAGGCUGUGCUCACAGCUGCCAUCGUGGAUGGAGACAGGAUUGCCAUUGGCCUGGAAGAAGGGCUCUACGUCAUCGAGGUCACCCGAGACGUGAUCGUCCGUGCUGCUGACUGUAAGAAGGUAUACCAGAUUGAGCUAGCCCCCAGGGAGAAAAUCGUUGUCCUCCUCUGCGGCCGGAACCACCAUGUGCACCUCUAUCCAUGGUCCACCUUGGACGGAGCAGAAGGCAGCUUUGAUAUCAAGCUUCCGGAAACCAAAGGCUGCCAGCUACUGGCAACCGCAACGCUAAGGAAGAGUUCUUCCACCUGCCUGUUUGUUGCUGUGAAGCGGCUCAUCCUCUGCUAUGAGAUCCAGAGAACUAAGCCUUUCCACAGGAAGUUCAAUGAGCUGGUGGCCCCGGGACACGUGCAGUGGAUGGCCGUGUUCAAGGACAGGCUCUGUGUUGGCUACCCCUCUGGGUUCUCUCUGUUGAGCAUCCAAGGGGACGGGCAGCCUCUCGACCUGGUAAAUCCCGCUGACCCCUCGCUUGCGUUCCUCUCACAGCAGUCUUUCGAUGCCCUUUGUGCUGUGGAGCUCAAAAGUGAGGAGUACCUGCUUUGCUUCAGCCACAUGGGACUGUACGUGGACCCUCAAGGCCGGAGGUCACGCAUGCAGGAGCUCAUGUGGCCUGCGGCUCCUGUCGCCUGUAGUUGCAGCCCCUCCCACAUCACAGUGUACAGUGACUACGGCGUGGACGUCUUCGACGUGCGCACCAUGGAGUGGGUGCAGACCAUUGGCCUGCGGCGGAUCAGACCGCUGAACUCCGACGGCAGCCUCAACCUCCUGGGCUGCGAGCCCCCACGCCUCAUCUACUUCAAAAGCAAGUUCUCGGGCGCCGCCCUCACCGUGCCGGACACCUCGGACAGCAGCAGGAAGCAGAUGCUACGCACGCGCAGCAAGCGGCGCUUCGUCUUCAAGGUGCCUGAGGAGGAGCGGCUGCAGCAGCGACGAGAGAUGCUCCGGGACCCAGAGCUGAGAUCUAAAAUGAUUUCCAACCCCACCAACUUCAACCACGUGGCCCACAUGGGCCCGGGCGACGGCAUGCAGGUGCUCAUGGACCUGCCUCUGAGCACCUCAGCCCCCGCCCAGGAGGAGAGGCCUGGCCCUGCGCCCACAGGCCUGGCCCGGCCGCCCCCCGCCCGGAGCAAGCCCUACAUCUCUUGGCCAGCAUCAGGUGGGGCAGAGCCUGGGGUGACCGUGCCUCUGAGGAGCAUGUCUGACCCGGACCAGGAGUUCGAUAAGGAGCCUGACUCGGAUUCCACCAAACACUCGACCCCCUCGAACAGCUCCAACCCCAGCGGCCCACCAAGCCCCAACUCGCCGCACAGGAGCCAGCUGCCCCUCGACAGCCUGGAGCAGCCUGCCUGCGAUGCCUGAGGCUGCCACCCUGCCAGUGCCAAGACUGAGCUGAGCAGUGUUGUCCGGGGAGAUGUAGAGUCCGUCUGUAGAUGUGAGGUGAAUCUAUUAUAAUAAGGACCAUCUGGACGCCACAUUCUGUGGCACAGACCAGAUCGCUUGUCUGCACAGCCGAGAGGCACCGUGUUCCGUUUGCACAUGAAGGACCACCGCACACCUCACCCGCACCGCUGGCCUGGCACCGGGCCUUGCCUGUGUAGGGGCAUGGCCUCGGUACCUGUCUCUCCCCGAUGCUUGAAACUGUUCCCACGCCCCUAGGAGAAUAGUAGCAAGUCGUGUAUCAUCCCAGUGUCGCCAGGCCCUUGCAGACAGGACAGUGCAGGUGAGCUGUGGCCUUGCUUUCACUUUCCUGUUGCACAGGCAGCUGCAGGAGCCCUGGCUGUGGACAGCGGCCGAGACAGUGCUGCCAUGUCCUUGUGCGGGGGUCCACUCUGGGUCUCAGCCAGGAGGUGUCACCAGCACCUGCUGCCGCCUGUCACAAUAUGUGUCAAAGCAGACAGGCCACUCCGCCUGCUGGCCAAGAAGUGGCCAGAGUCCAGGGAGCGUGCAGUAGGCACUAGGCCCCUUCCUGCCUUGCCCUGCCCCGCAUGGAGCCCGCGAGGAACGUCCGGUCAGGUCUGCAGAGACCCCCGACACUCUGCACACAGCCGGCCCGUGGCCUGGGGAUGCCCUCGUGUGUCUAACCCCAGCUUCCUGUGUCCUGUGUCGAGUGAUCGGCUCUGUAGCCCUGUCUUGUAAAGGCUUGUGACUGACUGUGGCAGCAGACGUGGCUUGUCCCCGCCUCGGGACGGGCUCCCUGUCGUCUUACCCAGCGGCGUGCGCAGCCACGCUGUCCAGGACUGCACUUGGCCAAGUCGGCACUGAGGCCGUGACAGGUGUUGCACCCGGCACCCGCCUGCCCACCCUCCCUUCCAGGCCUGUGUCCCGCAGGCCCCAGCUGGGGGCUCUGGUUUUUACUUUUUUAAUGUAAGUCUGAGUCUUUGUAAUUAUUGAAUCGUGAGAACAUUUUUGAACAAUUUACCUGUCAAUAAAGCAGAGAUGGAAGUUUUAAAGCUC